GAUUAUUAUUAUUUUUUUUAUUAUUUUUUUUACCCCCCCUCCUUCUCCUCCUCCUCCUCCUCCUGUAGAUUAAACGAGGAAGCAUUGCUGGCUGGUGUAUGUGUUUAGAAUGGGACACGCUGAAGGUCCAGUCAAAGAAAAAGACAGUUAAGGAUGCAGGAGCCCAACAAUGGAUUUCUCCUUCUCUUUCAUGCAAGGGAUCAUGGGAAAUACAAUUCAGCAACCCCCUCAGCUCAUUGACUCCGCCAACAUCAGACAGGAAGGCACCUGCGACACCGGCAGUGACCCGGGUGAGGAUGGUGGUCCCUCCUACGAUGCAGCCCUGGAUGCAGAGUUUCCGUACCCGCCAUCAGCUUCGGAGGACAUGCCGCAGGUCCCCAAUGGCUACCCGCCGGGUUUGGGCAUAUACGAACCGCAGGCUAAAUUCUCCAUGUACUCGCAGUUCCCCAACGGCUCUGCUAAUGGCUACGGGGCCAUACGGAGCUACGGGGACCACGGCCUCGUGUCGGUGGAGGGGACCGUCCUGAGAGGUCCCGGUCUCCAGGAAAGACCUCUGUCUCCCGUUUCACCCCCACUGUCCACACAUCACCCACACCUCCACCACCACCAUCAUCAUCAUCCCCAUCACCACCACCAUUCGCACCACAUCCACUCAAAUCCACCUCACAUACAAACCCACUCACACCCACAGAGUCCUCCACCGCCACCCCUGCCCACCCAGCAUCACCUACACCAGACACCUCACAUCAUGACUCACAACCUGCCCCCUCCUCCCCCGUUACACCUGCCUUCGUCCAGUCCUCCCCCCUCACUUGUGGACAACACCCCCUCGUCUCAACCCACGCACGCCCCAUCCAGUGCUUCUGGUGGGGUCCUGAAGAAAACCAGCUCACCGGAGAUCAAGCUGAAGAUCAUAAAGACGUAUCAGAACGGCAAAGAGCUGUUCGAGUCUGCGCUGUGCGGAGACCUGCUGCAAGAACUGCAGAAAGAGUCUCAGAAGAACGAGGCCGCUCAGGCGCAGCGCAGACAUGAGAGGAAGAAGGAGAAGAGGAAAAAGAGUGCAAGACUGCUGCUGCAAGCUCAGGAACAGAGCCUGGACACGAGCCAAACACAGCCAGGUACCACAGGCCAGACAGAGGACACCCACGUCCAGCCGCCGCCAAAAGAAGCACCGCCGGUGCAGACAGAGAAGCCUCCGAAGACCGUUAUUAAAACCGAACCAAAGACGCCGAAGGUUCCUAAGGUCCAUCAUCCAUCAGUGAUCCAGGAGACAGGCUUCUGUAAGGAGUUUGUAAUAGGAGAUCUGGUGUGGUCCAAGGUGGGUACCUACCCCUGGUGGCCCUGCAUGGUGUCCUCAGACCCACAGAUGAAGGUCCACACUCGCAUCAACACCAGAGGUCACAGGGAAUAUCACGUCCAGUUCUUUGGCAGUGUGGCAGAGCGAGCGUGGAUCCACGAGAAGAGGAUAGUCAUGUACCAGGGGAAGCAACAGUUUGACGAGCUUCAGUCAGAGACACUUCGCAAAACCACAAACCCUGUAGAGAGACACAAACUAAUGAAGCCUAUCCCUCAGCGGGAACGUUCUCAGUGGGAGGUGGGUGUCGGUCACGCUGAGGAUGCUUUUCUGAUGACGAGACAGGAGCGAAUUGACAACUACACCUUCAUCUAUGUGGACCCAGACCCUAACGAAGGCCCACCCAGCAAGAAACCCAACAUAAGAGCUGAGAAACGAAGCCGGCGCUCAAGCAGCUCAAUCAGUAAGAAGGAGGACCGAGAUGUGAAGUCACCAGAUAGAGAGCAGCCUCCGCGACGGCAGCUUCCACGGAGACAGUGUAGUGUUUCAAACACAGAUGACAACGCAAACUCCCAGGCCUCAAGUGAAGAUAAGAACCAGAGGGGGGACCAACGUAAGACCAGCUCACCGAAACAGAAUGCCGGCUGUGAUGCACGAGCACAGCAGGACUCUCCGCCUCCGGUCAAAACGUGGAAAACGGCAGCUGCCAGGAAGCUGCUGCCUCUUUCUAUCACAAUGAAGAGGCUGAAUGUGGAGAUCACAAAAUGUGACUGGCCUCUUAUCCAGAAAAAAGCAGCUGCCUCCCCAAAGAAGGACAAAGAAGAAGAGAAGAAAGAGAGGGUGGAGAGAGAAGGCAGGCAGCCCGACCUGGGAUACUGCUCACCUGAGCAGGACAGCAGAGCUAAACCUGAGCCCAGUCCAGAGGAGGAGGAAGAUGGGGAUGAAGGAGAGGACGAGGGAGAGGAGAGGAGAGAUUCUCCAGCGAGUCGGAGGAGUGAAGAGGGAGGAUUGCAGCAGACCUCAUCUCCGGGAUCACACCACAGCAGUCCACAAGGUUCUCAAGAGAGGAAGCUUCAGCGGCGGUGUGUCAGAAGCAGGUCUGAGUCAGAGAGAGGCAACGAUCUCGUCCCUAAGAAGAAAACCAAAAAAGAGCAGGCUGAGAUGGCUCCAGAGACCACGCUGAGGACAGGUUCACAGAAAGGAGCUAGUGAGAUCUCAGAUGCGUGCAAGCCCCUGAAGAAGCGAAGCAGAGCAUCAACAGAUGUCGAAAUGGCUUCAUCUCAGUACAGAGACACGUCUGAUUCAGACUCCAGAGGCCUCAACGACCCGCAGGGCUUAUUUGGGAAGAGUCUUGAUAGUCCAGCAGCAGCAGAUGCAGACGCUUCAGAUACUCAGUCUGUGGACUCUGGCUUGUCCCGUCAGGACAGCAGCACCAGCAAGAGGGACACUGUGUGCCAGAUCUGCGAGGUGUAUGGAGAUGGUUUGAUGGUAUGUGAAGGUGACUGCAACAGGCAGUUUCACAUGGAGUGUCUCGGUCUGUCGUCCCCACCUGAAGGAAGAUUUAGCUGCACAGAAUGUAGAACAGGGAACCAUCCUUGUUUUAGCUGUAAAACAGUGGGCAGGGAGGUGACGCGCUGCUCUGUGUCUGGAUGUGGUUGUUACUAUCACGAGGACUGUGUCCGUAAACUCCCGGGAACCACCAGCAGCCCAGGCGGAGGUUUCAGCUGCCCUCAGCACAGUUGUUCAACCUGCUGCCUGGAGAGAGACCCACAACGAGCCAGUAAAGGUCGUCUGAUUCGUUGUAUCCGCUGUCCGUUGGCCUAUCACACCAGCGACAGCUGCGUGGCGGCAGGCAGUGUCAUCCUUACUCACCACAUCAUGAUCUGCAGCAACCAUGGCAGCGCCAAGAAGAACGGCCUCCUCACCUCCCCCGUCAACGUGGGAUGGUGCUUCCUGUGUGCCCGAGGGCUGUUAGUGCAAGACCUUACUGACACCAUAUUAAGUUCAUAUGCCUAUAAGUCCCACUACCUUCUGACUGAGUCAAAUCGUGCUGAGUUGAAAUUACCUAUGAUUCCCUCUCCUUCGUCAGCUACCAAAAAGAAUGUUGGGAAAGGAGGCAAGUUGCUGUGCUGCGACUCAUGCCCAGCUUCCUUCCACCCGGAGUGUCUGGAGAUGGAGAUGCCGGAGGGCUCGUGGUCCUGCAGCGAUUGCAGGGCAGGGAAGAAACCUCACUACAAACAAAUUGUCUGGGUCAAACUAGGCAACUACAGGUGGUGGCCUGCAGAGAUCUGCAACCCUCGUCUGGUGCCAUCAAACAUUCAGAGUCUUCGGCACGAUAUUGGUGACUUCCCGGUUUUCUUCUUUGGCUCCCAUGACUACUACUGGAUCAACCAAGGCCGCGUCUUCCCAUACGUGGAGAAUGACAAGAACUUUGUCACAGGACAGAUCAAUAUUAACAAAACCUUCAAGAAAGCUCUGGAAGAAGCAGCCCGGCGCUUUCAGGAGCUUAAGGCGCAGAGGGAGAGCAGGGAGGCUCUAAAACAGGACCGCAAUUCUCGCAAACCACCACCCUACAAGUUCAUCAAGUCCAACAAGCCUGUGGGGAAAGUUCAGGUGCACGUGGCCGACUUGUCAGAAAUUCAGCGAUGCAACUGCAAACCAGCAGACGAGCAUCCCUGCAGCCUGGAAUCCCAGUGUCUCAACCGCAUGCUGCAGUACGAGUGUCACCCACAGGUGUGCCCUGCAGGAGACAGCUGUGAGAAUCAGUGUUUCUCCAAACGGCUGUAUGCAGAAACAGAAGUGAUAAAGACGGAAGGGUGUGGCUGGGGCCUCAGGACAAACCAGGCACUGAAGAAGGGUGACUUUGUGACCGAGUAUGUGGGAGAGGUGAUAGACUCAGAAGAGUGCCAGCAGCGAAUCAAACGUGCCCAUGAAAAUCAUGUGACCAACUUCUACAUGCUCACCCUCACCAAGGAUCGUGUCAUCGACGCUGGCCCAAAAGGAAACUCGUCUCGGUUUAUUAACCACAGCUGCAGCCCAAACUGCGAAACCCAGAAGUGGACGGUAAACGGCGACGUUCGUAUUGGAAUUUUUGCCCUUUGUGACAUCGAGGCUGGCACAGAGCUGACGUUUAACUACAAUCUGCACUGUGUGGGCAACAGGAGAACGUCGUGUCACUGUGGAUCAGACAACUGCUCUGGGUUCCUUGGGGUCCAGCCAUCGAGUGCUGCAGUGACGGAGAAAGAGGAAAAGGCCAGGAAUGCAAAGAUGAAGCAGAAGAAGCGGAAACUGCGGCCGGAGAGCAAACACACACAUGAGUACUUUUGCUUCUGCUGCGGAAAAGGAGGAGAGCUGGUGAUGUGUGACAGGAAGGACUGCCCAAAAGCGUAUCACCUGCUGUGUCUCAACCUCACCAAACCGCCAUACGGGCGGUGGGAAUGCCCGUGGCAUGACUGCAGCGUUUGCAGCAACCCGGCCUCGUCUCUCUGUGACUUCUGCCCUCGCUCCUUCUGCCGGGAUCACGAGGCGGGGGCGCUCACCACCUCCUCCCUGGACGACCGCCUCUGUUGUUCCAGCCACAACCCGCUCAGUCCCCUGGGGGCCAAAUCCAGCUCCACCCAGCAGCGGCGCUCCACUCAGAGCCCUGUCAGAGUCAAAGAGGAGCCGGAGUCAGGCCAGCCGGCCACGGAGUGAUAAAACCCUUAAUACCUCAUUCCCUGCAAAGUGUGCUCCAGUCCACCUCUGAUCCGAAGCAGUGCACUACAACAGGGAAUACAGUGCUUUUUUUCUUUGUUUCUUUUUUUCUGACACAUGCGAUGGCCGCAACUCAGAGCUGAGACACGCUGACGAACACCUUGAUGCUGUUUUGUGGCGACGGCAGGAGAAGUGACCAGAAAUGAUCAGGCACCGUUUUCCUUCCUGUCUUGCCAUAAAAUACCACUACUUACACUCUCUGCAGCUCGCCUGCGCCCACCGGAGGGCCCAGGCCACCACCUCAUUAUGUUGUUUUUUUAAUUUUUACUGCUAUUUUUUUCUUUUCUUUUCUUUUUUCUUUUUAAAGCAGUGUAAGCGUCGUCACGUCUCCAGUUCCUGGCACUUUGAAGAACUCACUGAGUGAGGUGGAGGAAGGGGCAGAGAGGAGGAAAAGGAUGUGGGAGCUGAAGCUCUCCAUCACCACCAAGCUGCUCCUCUCCUUGUUUACCUGCUGUAAGCUGUGGUCUCACACACAGGGUGGCUUUAGGAUGGAGACGAGCCAGCUUUUCUUGUGAUCUGUCAUCCUCUUUAUCUGUUAGAGAAAAGGAGCGGCGGGGAAAUGACCAAUUUCGUGCAAUUUUUUUUUUUUUCCAGGACCACACUACAUUCCAACCUUCCUUAAACAUGGUUUUAAUAUGCUUAUGGGUAUAGAUAAAUAUAAUUAUAUACAGUAUCUAUGUUUGUUAAUGUUUACAGACAGAUUCUCUCACUUCAUCUCAGUGAGUGGUGUAUUAUGUUUGUUUAGGUGUUGAACAUUACGCAGACCUCCUUGUGAAAAUAGUCCUAUUAAGGUGAAAUAUAAUGGUAUAUAGUGAAAUGGUAUGACAUUUCAGAAGUUCUUGUGAUUUUCAUAUUGCCAGUCUCACACCGCCAUUGUGUACAUAAUUGGCUCACAAUAUUGUAAAAUACUAAAAAGAUCAGGAGGGGGCGGAGCCUCACCUCUCUGAAUGUUCUUGGAAGAUGGAAAAGCUUUUUUUUUUUUUUCUUUUUUUUUUGUAAUAAUAAUAAUUGAAAAAAAAAAACAAGACAGAUCCUUUUUAAAAAAUUCUUUCUUUAAAGUUGUUUUCAUGUUUCCUCCAAUUAGUUAUUUGCAAAGUAGAUGGGGGGGCCCAGCUUGUGAUCACUGGUGCUGUCUUAAAGAAGUGUUAAUAAGCCUUAAGUUUGGGUUUUUAGCUGUAGUUACUACUGCCCAGAUGCAGUCCACUUCGGUUGUUUCGGUUCGGCGUACUGUGACGGCUUUUGUUUUGUUUUCGGGGUUUUGGGGUUUUUUUUGCCAGACUUUUUCUGAAAAGCACUUUCACACGGCUCAUUGCUACACACCUUAGCUAGGUCAUACGUAUACAGAAAUGUAUAUUAAAAGAACAUAUGACAAGUGUUUCAAAAUGGAUACCUCUUCUUCUUGUAUUAUUGGAAGUUAAACUGUGUUGUAACUUUUUGCCUCUCGGUCAGAAACGUGGUGAGCGCUGGGUGUGGCUUGUUUCUUCUGAGAAAAGUGGCCUAAAUGCUGUUUUUAUUUUAUUUUUUUUUUUGUUUCAAAUUUCUUUUAUUGUUUGUUUUCUUUUACAUUUUUCUUUGGCACACAAGUAGGAAAGACUGCCAACCCAGCUUCGUACAAAAAAAAACGAAAACAAAAAAAAAAUGUCCUCCGUGUCCUCCAGAGACACUUCUUCAUUUUCCAGCUUGAGAAAACUCUUAAGGCUGGGCUUUAUAUGGAGACGUAAUGGUGUAACAACAGUUCAGUCCAGUAUAAUGUACAAACUUCUGUACAGUGUUUUUAAUCGCUCAUCGUCAAAUCUCAAAUUUUUGUAUUUAUUGCACCACAUUUUAUACCAAUUUCUUUUUCAAACACCAGUGCAGUAAUUUGUCUCCCUCUGUAAGGAAAUAGGCUUUAAAAAAAACAUAUGGGAGUUUUACGUAAUAUACCUGUAUUUUCUUUCUUUUUCUUUUCUUUUUCUUGUUUUUUUUUUUUAAACAUUUGGUGUAAUGAUUCCACAUCCGGUAACAGCCGCUGCUCAUCAGCCUGUGUCGUGACUCACUGUAAUUGGUGUUUAAAAGCAGUGUGAAGCACUUCAGUAUUGGAAUGUAAAGUUUCUGUUUCAGAGCAGGUUUUGCAGCCCGGACUCAGGUGGUUGUCACUGAAGGAAGCUUUUCUGUGAUUGCGCCUUGCUUUGUAUUCUUCCUCAGUUACACUGAUGUUUGUUUUGGUUUUUGUGCCCUUAAAAGAUGUAUUUUCUCUUUUAAAAAAAAAAGUGCAACAGGGUAAAAUGGUGCCAAUGUUUCCAAUCAAUUUAGGUGAUUUAGGGUCUUUUUAAACACUCAGUUGCCCGUUUAUUAGAUAAAACUUCAGAACUGGGAUAAAACUUCAAGGAGGUUAUAAUGCUCAUUAUUUUUCCACUGAUAUUGAUGACGGUAGAAUAAAUGGAGCCUUUUUUAGACAUAUGAAACAUCCAGGGCUUCAAGGUGCUGACACUCAGGUGUGGGUUUUUUUUGUUGUUGUUGUUGUUUUGUUUACCUGAGUGUUGUUGAGGCUGACUUCAGUCUACCGACACUGGUACAUCACUAAGAGAGAUCUGUCUUUGCAGACGAAUGUUUUUAUUUUAACUGCUAAUAAAAACUGAGUCAGUGAGAUAAAAUGACAUUAUGUUCUUUAUAUUGUUGUUUAAGGCAUUCUUUACUGAGCUGAGGAGCAUGUGCAGUCCUAAUCUUUAGUGGGAUUGCAUGAGUCGUAAACUUGAUGCUGCUAGAUUAAUCGGGGGUAAAUAUCUGAAAGGAUGAUCUCUACCCCACCUCUUGCCCAGUCACCAGCUGGGAUUGUCUCCAGCCUCUUGUUACGCUACAGCUUCUAAAUGGACAUUUUUAUUCUUCGGCCUCUAAAACAGGGAUGUCAAACUUAUUUUACAUCAAAGGCCACAUGCGACCCACUUUGAUACUUAGUAACUGUAAAAAUACAGUUAAAAGUCCAAAAGUGUAUGCCCUCAAGAUUUCCAAAGCUGGCCAGAUUGGAGUCUUUGCCAGGCCAGUUCUGGCCCCCGAGCCUUUUGUUUGACACCCUGCUCUAAAAAAUUUGACACCUCUAAAAACAAAAGCUGAGCGUUAUAGCUUUCUUUAACAUUUUAUUUCAGGCCUAAUAGCAGUGUGGGUUGUUGUUGGUUUUAUCUAAUAAACUGGCAGCUGGCUGUAAAUCAUGAGGGAGAAAGAAUGAAAGCCUCCGAAUGCAGAAAAAUAAGACGUAUUAGACGUGUUUUAGUUGUUUGAAAAUACUCCCCGUUCAUUGACAAAUUAUGUUAAUAUGCAAAAGUCCGGUUUCUGUGAGCUGCAGGAUUUCAAUUUAAGCGUGAGGCCUUGAACGACCUCUGGACGCUGAUUCUCACUGAUUCUCGCUUGUGGCACACAACACAAGACCUGAUUAGUUUAGGCAAAGUUUGAGGCAGGACACAUGAUGCCUACUCACAAGCUGUGAUAAUCACCUGACUUGUUUAAUGUCCGACCACAGCGCGCCAGAUAUUUGUGAAAACGGGGGCGUUAAAGUCAGAUUUAAUUCGACCACGGGGAAAUGAACUUUUUGGGGUCCGACUCCUGUUUUAAUUGACUGAUGUGCAUUCAGAAAUGCAUAGAAAAGCUUGAACUUUGAACUUUUUGCCCCCUUCAAGUUAAAGUCUCUCACUUUUCUGCAUUCGGCAGUUUCUUUCCUAUAAUUCCUGUUGUUCUGAGCCUUUCAGGAAGCCUUUUUUAAGUUGGGAUUCCUGGAGGCGAAAAAAAGAAAAAAAAGGGGAUAGUUAUAUUUGUUUUGUUUUUUUUAAUGCAAUUAAGCACUUCUAGUUUUUCUUUUAUUUUUGCAACUGUAUUCCUUGAUAAUCAAGUAGGUCCAUGACUAAAGCACCUAUUUGUGUACUCCAAAAGGUCUGUGCGUCUAAACUUUAAUUUUCUUUAUUUCUUUUUUUUUUUUAUUUAUUGAUGUACUGUUUGUUUGCUUAGGUUUGGGGUUUUUGAGCACAGGUUUCGUACGUGUAUGAUUAUCGAACCGUAGGCAUCCCUGACUCGUGUUAUCUGCUUAAACAAAAGCGAUCAUUUGUGAUGAUAAAACUUGUCUUAAAGCUUCUGUUUUUUUCUGUUGCUUAGCUGAACUGCAUGCUUCCAGACAACGACUUAUUGCCAAUGUUUUUUUGUUUGGUUGUUUUUUUUUUUUUGUUUGAUUUUUUUUAAAAAAUUGUAUUGCACAGAGAUUCUGCAAAACCGAACGGCCUUUAUUUUCCUUUGCACCUGCAGAUCGCAUGAUCGCGCUCAUUUUUUUGUGCCAGUUUGUCCUCUCCCAGCCCUCCUGCCUGACACAGCAGCAGUAUUAUUUAAGUGUCCGUCUGAGUUACUUCAGAAACUGUCUGGUGUGUAUGUUUUGGUUUGAAGAGACAGCAUGUUUGCUCUCAUUUAAGUGGCCCUUAAAUAAGCCUGAGGAGGAUUUGAUUUUAUUUGUUUUCCACCCCCUUUUCUCUGUGUCAAAGGGCAUGUUUCAGUUCACUGUGAUGUCUUUUGUGUUUUGUGCAAUGUUGCCGACUGUCAUUUUGUUUUUGGGUUUGUUUGUUUUUUAAUUAACAUGCUGUCAAAUAGUGUUGGAAUAAAUAAAUAAAUUCACCUUCAUAAGCACUCAUCAUCUCUUUUUACUUGUAGUAAAAUUGCUUACAGUAACUCUAACUGGGGUCAUAUCUAUCUCUCUUGGUGUUGCUUCAAUUAAAAAGUGGAUGAACACAAAAUACCAUGUUAAUUACUGUUCAACCUGUGUUACUGCAUACUACAUUAUUGUUGAAGAACUUGUAAAUAGUUUGCAUUGAACUUGCAUAGGAUCUUGUUACUGUGGCGUGCUCUUUUUGCCUGUAAAAUUCUGCUUCUAAAUGUGUGUGACUGUUGAGACGACACUCUUUUUGUACAUGACUGUCUUUUUAUUUGAGGAUAUUGAUUCUGUCCUUUUUCAUUCGAAAGUUGAGUUUGAAGAGUUCAGACAUGCCUGAAGUUUGACUUUAAUAAA